AUGCUGGAUGGCCCGUUAUUCUCCGAGGGGCCCAACAGCCCCCGGGAGCUACAGGAUGAGGAGUUGGGCAGCUGCCUUUGGGUGCAGAAGUCCAAGCUGCUGGUGAUUGAAGUGAAGACUAUUUCCUGUCAUUAUAGUCGCGCCCCUUCUCGACAGUCCAUGGACGUCCAGGCCAGCUACUGGGCCCGUGGGCCCCAGAGCCGCACGUGUAGGCUACGCCCAGGAUCCCCUGAGCCGCCACCCCGCCGACCCUGGGCCACCAGGGUGCUGCAGGAGGCGACCAACUGGCGGGCGGGGACCCUCGCCGAGGUCCGAGCCCGGGAACAAGAAAAAAGGAAGGCGGCGUCGCAGGAGCGGGAGGCCAAGGAGACCGAGAGAAAAAGGCGCAAGGCUGGCGGGGCCCGACGGAGUCCCCUAGGUCAGCCCCGCCCAGAGACCCGGAACGCCCUUCGGGCGGCCCAACCAACAGGGUUCCCAGUUUUCUCCAGACCAGAGCGCUUCGGGCAGGUGGGGCGAGCGCCCCGUCCAUCCGCGCUCCAGCAGAGCGACCCAGGGGUGGCAUGGGCGGGGCCGUGGGGAGGUAGGAGACCAGGGCCCCCUAGCUACGAGGCCCACCUGCUGCUGAGAGGCACUGCAGGCACAGCCCCAAGACGCCGCUGGGACCGGCCGCCACCCUAUGUGGCUCCACCUUCUUAUGAAGGCCCCCACAGGACCCUGGGGACUAAGCGAGGCCCGGAGCUCUCCCGGGCGCCCACCUCAUCAGCCCCAGUUCCAGUCGCCACCAGGACAGAGGCAGGGCGCGCGAAGAAGAGGCUGGAUCCUCGAAUCUACCGGGAUGUUCUAGGGGCUUGGGGUCUCAGACAGGGACGGGGACUCUUAGGAGGAGCUCCAGGCUGUGCAGCGGCCAGAGCCAGGCCAGAGUCCUGCAAAGGGGCGAUAGAGAAAAGCUCGGGCCUAGCUGCUGCUGGCCUGAAUAGUGGUGGCGAGGGCCGUCCCCAAGCCAAAGCUACUGGCAGUCCAGGCACUACGGAGGCAGCUCCAGCUGGGUCUACGACCCGCAGCCCCCCAUGUCCUGCUCCCAGGUCCAGGCAGCACCUCAAGGGCUCAAGGGAAAGGAAAGAAGGAAGUGAACAUAUCUGGCUUCCCAGGUGUUGGCUUUCCUCCCCUACAAAGCCUCCAGUUAGGCACAGCCAGACUCUCCCCAGACCCUGGGCUCCUGGGGGCACCGGGUGGAGAGAGUCCCUGGGUCAAAGAGAGGGGACAGAACAUGAAACCCUGGAAAUUUGGAAGGCGACCCGCCGCGCCCACACCCUGCCCCGCAGUUCCCGAGGCCCCUCUCGUAGAGAAGGCAUCUUUGUCAUUGAUGCCACGUGCGUGGUGAUAAAGUCCCAGUAUGUUCCGACCCUUCGGACCCAGCAGGUGCAACUCUUGCCCUCUGGGGAACCAUGCAUUGUGAACGACAGCCCCAGGCAACCCAAGCCCUGCCACGAGGAGGGUGAGGGGGUCGCUGCCAAUCCCUCAGUUUGCCAAAAUCUACUGUUGAGCAGUGACAUCUCAAACCAGCUGGGCGGGGGUCGCGAGUGCGAACGCCAGGGACGGAUGAGCCCUGGGGGGAUUCUUCCACUGGAGGACCGCGCCUCCUGCAGUUUAGGGUUCCCUGUCGGCGAAGUGAACCUACGAGACGCCCCCACGCAGCCAGGUAGCCCUGAGCACCCGACCUUAGGCCCAGCGGCUCCGGGAUGCGCGGGCAGCGUGAAGGGCUCAGAAGCGGUUGGGGUCCUGCGGCGCACGGGCGGGGGCUGGGCGCGGACUCCAGGACCCUACGCUGGGGCGUUGCGGGAAGCCGUGUCCCGCAUCCGCCGCCACACCGCCCCAGAUUCGGACUCAGAUGAAACUGAGGAGCUCAGCGUCCAUAGUGGCUCCUCUGAUGGAAGCGACACAGACGCCCCAGGCGCCUCCUGGCGGAAUGAGAGAACCCUGCCUGCGGUUGGAAACACCCAUCCCAGGGAAGGCGGGAAGAGAGCCGAAGUGAGCGACAGCAUCCGGGAGAUUCUAGAUGUCAUCAGUCAAACUGAGGAAGGCCCCUUCGGGGAGGACACCAGGAAAACGCCACAGGGGAAAAGAGAGAGAGAGUGA